GCCGACCGCUAUCAAGAGACGCGCACGUGAUCGAAGCGAUAGCGAAAGUGCCGCAAGCAGUGGCAGUGGCAGUGACAAAGACAGUGACGAAGACAAUGCCAGUGCUAAGAAGAGCAGCAAGCGGAGACGCUAUGGUAUGUUUGCCCGACGUGUUUCGGUGUAG